AAACGAAAGGUCGGUCCAGAAAAACUGCUGGUGGCGGCCACAGCGCCAUGUUGAACGGAAUCAUCACACUCCGAGGAGAGCCUCUCGUCAAAGAGCAGUUGUAAACAAAGUGAUACUUAUUUUCCGAAGGGGCACACCUGUCAAGAUCGCCCUGGAAAAAAGAGGCGACCUAGAUAAUCGGAAACCCCGACCGGGGAGGGGGAACAGUCCCCCAAAGAUUCAGCAAUGAAAAUAAACCACAAUAAGCGCUAGCCGGCUAACUUUAGCCUGCUAUUCUAUCAAUAGCCGGUUAUCUCAAGCUUUUCUAUCCGCUCGAACACCGGCAACUCGAACACCGGCAACCUGUUCCUACUACAAGCCCGGGUCUUGACAUAACUCGACAGCAAUAUUUUUUCACCUGCAUUGUUUUUGCGCGCCUAGCUAAUUUAUUACUGUAAAUAUCUGUAUAUCCGUGCGUUUGUUUGUUGUUUGUUUUGUUUUUUGCAAUGAGUUUGCCGCCAAAAGCGGUGCCGAAACCCUCCGCUGGAACUGGAUCCGGGCCGUCACCCUCGAAUCAGCUGCGGGGCCCCCUUCCCCAAGUACCGUUUCCACCUGGGCCGCCGGUAGCUCAGCAGCCACCUCCGGUGCCGCAUCCUCCAAUUUUCCAUAAUAUCACCCCUAGGACUUCCAGACUGCCGCUUCCCCUGGAAGAACGAAUCUUCUCCACACAACCCGUCGCGGCUGUCUACAGUGUACAUAGAACCCCUGGCCCAUAUGACAUCAGCAAGGGACACACUAACCUUGUGGGCACACCGCCGGGUCACGCAUCCUCCCCUGGACUCUCUCAGGUAUCAGUUUCAACAGUAUCCUCUGCGCAUCUGUAUGGUCACCCUAAAGUCUGGGAGGCAGGAGGAGGGUCUCCGUACACACCUGGACAGAAUGCCAGCACGACACCUCUUGUCUACUCUUCGCCAACACAGCCAAUGAACACACAGCCUCAGAGCCGCCCCUUUGCCCCUGGACCACGUCCUACCCAUCACCAGUUUUUUCAGCGGACGCAGAUGCAAACUGUUCGGCCCACCAUUCAAAGCAACAACCCUCCUAUUCGGCCCACGUCUCAGACCCCCACGGCAGCAGUUUACCCCCCAAAUCAGCCCAUCAUGAUGACCAUGGCACCCAUGCCCUUCCAUUCACAGACAGCACAGUACUACAUUCAGCAGUACCGUCACAGUGCUUCACCAUAUGUGGGGCCUCCUCAACAGUACCCAGUUCAGCCCACUGGCCCCAGUACCUUCUAUGCUGGACCAAGUCCAGGGGACUUCCCUGCACCUUAUGCAGGACCUCCCUACUACCCUGGGCAGACCAUGUACACACCAUCUCCAUCCAUUAUAGUGCCUACACCACAACAACCUCCACCUACUAAGAGGGAAAAGAAAACAAUCCGCAUCCGAGACCCCAACCAGGGUGGUAAGGAUGUUACAGACGAGAUAUUGUCGGGGGUGGGCAGUAGUCGCAACACAACCCCACCGGUGGGGCGGCCCUCCUCUACUCCUACACCUCCACAGCAGCUGAACAGCCAGGUAGCAGAUCACAGGCACAUCAUGUUUAAUGUGGACGUCACCCAGCUCCACCCUGCACACGUCGACUUGAAAGCAGAUGACAAGCCAAAACUAGAGUUCGCUUUGAAGAGGUCAGCAUCUCCGGGACUGCGGCAUUCAGAGGCUCCUUUGGAAAGAAGAGAUCCCUGCAGCUCAGUCCAAACGCCCUCUCCCCCACAGAAAACAGAGCUUCCCCCCUCAAGCCCAGAAUUGGCCCCAAGUGUAGCUACAGCCUCCACUCCUUCCAUGCCUGCCUCAACAGUGGAAUCAGCUGAACCCUCAAGCCCCUCAGCUGAGCCCAGUCCUACUAAAGUUAUCACGCCAGAACUAGAGAGCUCAGAGCCGGAGAAAUCGUCAGAGCAACCCUCAUCUCCGAGCCUGUCCACAUCCCCAGCCCAUUCUGAAAAGGCCAUCAAUGGUCUGGUGGAUACAGAUGCUGCUCCCUUGAGUGAGGACCUGGAAUCCCAUCCCAGGGAAGUCUCUCCCAGCGUUCCCCAGUCCAAUUCGCCCAACACAGAGCACAGCCUCAUCACACCAGAGCUGGAGGCAGAGUCUGCAGAGGUAAAGGCAGAUAGCCCCUUGCCUUCUGUUGAAGACAGUGCUGGGUCUCCUGACGCCCCAUCCCUUCCUGUCACAACCUCCAUCACAACUGCUGCUAUCUCCACCACAACUGCUCCACCUCCAGGCCUGACACAUCCAGCCAGGAGAUCCUCUACAGGGUUAGAGCUCAAAGAAGCAGGGAUGGAGACCGAGGCCUUGUCUGACAAGAGAGGCGAGCUCUUCUUGCAGUCCAGAAAAAGUUCAAUUCAAGCUACAUCUAGUGCACCAAAGACCUGGAAGAAGCCAAAAGAGGACAUGCCUGUCAGUCAAGAUCAGUGUCCAGACAAAGAGGAGAACAUGGAUCGACCUGCUACAGAGCCUGCUGCAAAGAGCCCCAGUCCUCCUCCUGUGGAGGUGGAGAAGAGGCCAUCAGCAGGAACCGUGCAAGAGGAGAAUGGAGAACAGGAAGAAGAGCCUCUAAAAAAUGGAGCGGAACAUAUCUCAGAAACAGAGAGCAGCGACAGCAUCCACACGCCUGUAACGAAAGAACCACUGAUCAAAGCAGUGCCACAAUUGGCAGAGAAGAAUGGAAAGAGGCAGUACGAAAGAGACUUCCUGUUGGGCUUCCAGUUCAUGGCUGCGUGUGUACAGAAACCUGAGGGGCUUCCUCCCAUUUCUGAUGUUGUUUUAGAUAAGAUUAACCAGAAUAAGCUGCGGCCUUUAGACCCUCGCGCAAUCUCCAGAGGCCCAGACUUCACACCAGCGUUUGCUGAGUUUGGCCGACAGAUUCCAGGGGGCAGAGGAGCACCGCUGCUGAAUGUAAGCAUGCGGCGACCUCCUGCACGCAAGAUUAUUACAAACAUUUCAGUGAACGAUGAGGUGCAGCUCAAGACAGCAGAAAACGCCUGGAAGCCUGGCCUGAAGCGGGAAAGCGUCAUUGAAGAUCCAGAGUCCCAGAAAACUCAUGAGCUUUUCCGAAAAGUGCGUAGUAUCCUCAACAAAUUGACCCCGCAGAUGUUCAGCCAGCUGAUGAAGCAGGUGACCGACCUCACCAUUGACACAGAAGAGAGACUCAAGGGUGUUAUAGACCUGGUCUUUGAGAAAGCCAUCGAUGAACCCAGCUUCUCUGUUGCCUAUGGCAACAUGUGCAGCUGUCUGGCAACGUUGAAAGUGCCCAUGAUGGACAAGCCCAACAGCACUGUGAAUUUCCGGAAGCUGCUGCUGAACCGCUGUCAGAAGGAGUUUGAGAAAGACAAGGUGGAUGAUGACACCUUUGAGCGAAAACGCAAGGAGCUGGAGGAAUCUACCUCAGCUAGCGAGCGGGAUAGGCUGCAGGAGGAGCUGGAAGACGCAAAGGAUAAGGCACGCAGACGCUCCAUUGGCAACAUCAAGUUCAUCGGCGAGCUUUUCAAGCUGCGGAUGCUGACAGAGGCCAUUAUGCAUGACUGUGUAGUCAAGUUGCUGAAGAAUCACGAUGAGGAGUCACUCGAGUGCCUCUGUAGACUGCUCACCACUAUUGGCAAGGACCUGGACUUUGAGAAAGCUAAGCCACGAAUGAAUCAGUACUUCAAUCAAAUGGAGAAGAUAGUAAAGGAGAGAAAGACUUCAUCUCGCAUUCGCUUCAUGCUGCAGGAUGUUAUUGACCUGCGAUUGCACAAUUGGGUGUCUCGGAGGGCUGACCAGGGACCCAAGACCAUUGAGCAGAUCCACAAGGCGGCAAAGUUGGAGGAGCAGGAGGAACAGAGGAAGGUCCACCAGCAACUGCUGUCCAAGGACAACAAGAGGAGACCAGUGGUGCAGAGAGAGGAGACCUGGAGCACUGUGCCAAUGACUAAGAACAGCAGGACAAUAGACCCCACUAAGAUUCUCAAAUUUUCCAAGCCAACAAUAGAUGAGACGAUUCAACUGGGACCAAGAGCUCAGCUGAACUGGAUGAAGGGCAGCAGUGGAGGGGCUGGAGCCAAGGCCAAUGAGUCAGAUGUCUCUCACCCCAGUGCCACCAGUUUGAACCGUUACUCAGCCCUGCAACCUACAGCACCACCGGCCUCCUCUUUAUCCUCUACAUCCCCCGACUUUGAUGCCAGGAGAGUUCUCAGCAGUCAUGGAAGCUCAGGGCAGGAACACAGUGACAAGCCAUUGAGUUCAGAUCCCACUCAGUCAGGGCCCCUCUCAUUGGGUUGCGGCAAUAAGGAGAGUCCUGAAGAGGCAAUGCAGGAGCUGUUCCGCAGAGACUCAAAUACCUCAGACACGCCCAAACUGCCCGCCAGCGCUGCGGACCAGAGCAGACUGGAGCGUAGCCAAUCCAGGGAUUCUGCACCGUCAGGUGCCUCUCCAGACAAGCCUGCAUUAACCGAAGAGGAGAUGGAGAGGCGGUCCAAGACAAUUAUUGAUGAGUUUUUGCACAUUAAUGAUUAUAAGGAGGCAAUGCAGUGUGUUGAGGAACUGGAGCAGCCUGCCAUGCUCUACGUGUUCGUGCGGGUGGGUGUGGAUUCAACGGUGGAGAGGAGUCAGAUCACACGAGACCACAUGGGUCAGCUGCUCUACCAGCUGCUGCAGGCUGGAAGCCUUUUGAAGCCUCAGUUCUUUAAAGGGUUCUCUGAAACUCUUGAAUUUGCAGAUGAUAUGGCCAUUGAUGUUCCUCAUAUAUGGUUGUACCUUGCGGAGCUGGUGACCCCUGUGCUUCGAGAGGGGGGAAUCUCUAUGAGAGAAUUAUUUAGUGAAUUUAGUAAACCAUUACUCCCUGUGGGAAGAGCUGGGAUAUUAUUUUCUGAAAUAUUGCACCUUCUAUGCAAACAUAUGAGCCAUAGGAAAGUGGGAUCAUUAUGGAGGGACUCUGGGUUGAGCUGGGUAAAUGUUAUACCUGAAACCGAGGAUGUGCACAGCUUCAUCACAGAACAUAAACUCGACUUCACUCUUUCUGAUUGCUCAAACCCAAAUGAGGCUGCCUCUAAGAGAUCACUCUCACCUGAGGAAUUAAACAAGCAACUUGAAAAACUAUUACUUGAGGACCUGGCUGGCGAUGAACAAAUCUUCGACUGGGUUGAGGCCAAUCUAGAUGAAUCAGAAAUUAGUUCACCUCCUUUCCUCAGAGCUUUAAUGACUGCUGUGUGUAAAGCAGCAGUGAAAACCGAGGGCUCCUCCUGCAAAGUGGACACGUCCAUAAUCCAGAGGAGGUUGCCUGUAUUACACAAGUACCUUAACUCUGACACAGAGAGACAGUUGCAAGCACUUUACGCACUUCAAGCAUUGAUACUAAAACUGGACCAGCCUCCUAAUUUGCUCCGGAUGUUUUUUGACUGUUUGUAUGAUGAGGACGUGAUAACUGAAGAUGCAUUUUAUAAGUGGGAAAAUAGUAAAGACCCCACUGAACAACAAGGCAAGGGUGUGGCUCUGAAGUCAGUCACUGCCUUCUUCACAUGGCUGCGUGAGGCAGAAGAGGAGUCAGAGGACAAUUGACGUGGGGACAAACAGACUAAUUUGCCAACUAGUGCUGAAGAGACAAUAAGUCGCUGAAACAAUAACUGCAUCAAAUUAAAAAGUAACGGAACAAGCAACAUGGAUUGAGUGCAGCAAGUUGUCGAAUGGUACGGUUCACUGACAUGCAGCGACCUGAUGACUUACAAUUGCUGGAGCACUAAAAAAAAAAAUUAUUAUUUAUAGAAAUGUUGCAUUUAAGUUUUUUAUUUUGUUAUUUUUUAAGAGAAGGCUUUAAUAAUACAAAUGUGCAUCAAUGAAGCAAAACAAGUUCAGACUUGUUAAUUUAUUUUUUGUAAGAGUUACGUACACAAAAGGGUAUUUAACAUUUGCAGACUGCAACAAUAAGAGGUGAACGGUGGAUAAGUAAUAAUUGUAAUAAUGUUAUUAUUAAUAUAAUGACAAUAAAAAUGAUUAA